CCCUUCCCAGGUUGGCGGCGGCGAGGGGCGGCGGCCCAGCGGCGGGAGAUUCAAACCUGGAAGAAGGCGAAACAUGGAGGGCAGAGGAGCGCGCCGGGGUCGGGAGGCCUAUGAACGCAUCACAGCUGAGGAGAUGGACGAGCAGAGGCGGCAGAAUGUCGCUUAUCAGUACCUGUGCCGGCUGGAAGAAGCCAAGCGCUGGAUGGAGGCCUGCCUGAAGGAGGAGCUUCCUUCCCCGGUGGAGUUGGAGGAGAGCCUUCGGAAUGGGGUGCUGCUGGCCAAGCUGGGCCACUGUUUUGCACCCUCUGUGGUCCCCUUAAAGAAGAUCUAUGAUGUGGAGCAACUGCGGUACCAGGCAACUGGCUUGCAUUUCCGGCACACAGACAACAUCAACUUCUGGCUGUCUGCAGUAGCCCACAUCGGCCUGCCUUCGACCUUCUUCCCGGAGACCACGGACAUCUACGACAAGAAGAACAUGCCCCGUGUGGUCUACUGCAUCCACGCCCUCAGUCUCUUCCUUUUCCGGCUGGGGUUGGCCCCUCAGAUACAUGAUCUCUACGGGAAAGUGCAGUUCACAGACGAGGAACUCAGCAACAUGGCCUCUGAGCUCGCCAAAUACGGCCUCCAGCUGCCUGCCUUUAGCAAGAUCGGGGGCAUCCUGGCCAAUGAGCUCUCUGUGGAUGAGGCCGCAGUCCAUGCAGCUGUUCUUGCCAUCAAUGAGGCGGUGGAGCGAGGGGUGAUCGAGGACACCUUCGCUGCCCUGCAGAAUCCCAGCGCUCUCCUGGGGAACCUUCAGGAGCCCCUGGCUGCCAUCUACCAGGAGCUGCUGGCCCAGGCCAAGAUGGAGAAGGCUGCCAGUGCCAGGAACCACUUUUUGCAGGACGACAGAGAAAGCCAGGACAUCUACGACUACUACCUAACCCAGGCGGAAAUCCAGGGCAACAUUAACCAUGUCAACGUCCGUGGGGCUCUAGAGAUUGUUGACAAUGCCCUGGAACGACAGAGCCCCAUGGGCUUGCUGGAGGCCCUGCAGGAUCCCUCCCUGGCCCUACGCGGGGUGAGGAGAGACUUUGCUGACUGGUACCUGGAACAGCUGAGCUCGGACCGAGAGCAGAAAGCACAGGAGCUGGGCCUGGUGGAGCUUCUGGAAAAGGACGAGGUCCAGGCCGCCGUGGCCGCAGCCAACGUGAAGGGUGACCAGCAGCAAGCCAUGCUGCAGGCUGUGCAGCAGAUCAACAGAGCCAUCCGGCGGGGAGCAGCUGCCGAUACCGUGAGGGAGCUGAUGAGCCCUGCAGCCCAGCUGCCUCCCGUCCACCCCUGUGCUUCGGCUGUGUACCAGCAGGAGCUGGCAGUGCUCCAACAGCAGCAGGGGGAGCUGGGCCAGGAGGAGCUCUUCGUGGCCGUGGAGAUGCUCUCGGCCGUGGUCUUGAUUAACCGCGCCCUGGAGGCCGGGGAUGCCGCAAGCGUCUGGAGCAGUCUGAGGAGCCCUGCCACCGGCCUGGCUGAGGUGGAAGGAGAAAAUGCCCGACGCUACUUCGAUGCCCUGGUGGAGCUGCGGCGGGCACGCAGCGUGGACAGCGCCUUCCUGAGCUGGAAUGACCUGCAAGCUGCCGUGAGCCAGGUCAACACCCGGGUCCAGGAGGAAACCGACCAGGUCCUCGCCAUCAGCCUCAUCAAUGAGGCCCUGGACCAGGGCAGCCCAGAGAGGACGCUCUCUGCCCUGCUGCUUCCUGCAGCUGGCCUGGAAGACGUCAGCCUUCCUACUGCUCCGCGGUACCAUCUCCUCCUCGUGGCAUCCAAGAGGCGUAAGGCCCAGGUGACGGGGGAUCCUGGGGCUGUGCUGUGGCGGGAGGAGAUCCGCCAGGGAGUGGUCAGAGCUAACCAGGACACACACACAGCUCAGAGGAUGGCCCUAGGUGUGGCUGCCAUCAAUCAGGCCAUCAGGGAGGGCAAGGCAGCGCAGACAGAGCGGGUGCUGAGGAACCCCGCCGUGGCCCUCUGCGGGGUGGUUCCUGACUGUGCCAGUGCCUACCAGCGGGCCCUGGAAGGUGCCGCAGCCAAGAAGCGGCAUCCAGGGGACACAGCUUCGUGGGUCCGACACGGCAUGAAGGAUGGCUCCGCCUACUACCUCCACCUGCAGACUUUGCAGGGCACCUGGGAGCAGCCCCCGGGCUGCCGCCUCAACACCUCCCAUCUGACGCGGGAGGAGAUACAGUCCACCGUCACCAGAGUCACUGCUGCCCACGACCGCCAGCAGCUCUGGAGGGCCCACGCGGGCUUCGUGGUCAGGCUCCGGCCCCGCCUCCGCGGCUUCCUCGUCCGCCAGAAGUUUGCCGAGCGGUCUCGCUUUCUGAGGACCGGGCUCCCAGCCAUCAUCAAGAUCCAGGCUCACUGGCGGGGUUACAGGCAGCGGAAGACUUACCUGGAGCGGCUGCAGUAUUUUAGAGCAAAUGUGGAUUCCAUAGUCAAGAUCCAGGCCUGGGCCCGCAUGUGGGCAGCUCGGAGCCGGCACCUGAGGCGACUGCACUACUUCCAGAGGAAUGUUGACUCUGUUGUGAAGAUCCAGGCGUUUUUCCGAGCCAGGAAAGUCCGGGAUGACUACAAGACAUUAGUGCACGCCGCCCACCCUCCCCUCGGCGUGGUGCGCAAGUUCGUCCACCUCCUGAACCAGAGCCAGCAGGACUUCUCAGCUGAGGUGGAGCUGCUGAGGCUGCAGGAGGAGGUGGUCAGGAAGAUCCGCUCCAACCAACAGCUGGAGCAGGACCUCAGCCUCAUGGACGUCAAGAUUGGCCUGCUGGUGAGGAACCGGAUCACGCUGCAGGAGGUGGUUUCCCACUGCAAGAAGCUGACCAAGAAGAACAAGGAGCAGCUGUCAGACAUGAUGGUCCUGGACAAGCAGAAGGGAUUAAAGUCACUGAGCAAGGAGAAACGGCAGAAGCUAGACGCUUACCAGCACCUCUUCUACCUGCUCCAGACUCAGCCCACCUACCUGGCCAAGCUCAUCUUCCAGAUGCCGCAGAACAAAACCACCAGGUUCAUGGAGGCGGUGAUCUUCAGUCUGUACAACUACGCCUCCAACCGCCGGGAGGCCUACCUCCUGCUCCAGCUGUUCAAGACGGCGCUGCAGGAGGAGAUCCAGUCAAGGGUGGAGCGCCCCCAGGACAUGGUGACGGGCAACCCCACCGUGGUGAGGCUGGUGGUGAGAUUCUACCGCAACGGGCGGGGACUGAGUGCCCUGCGGGAGAUCCUGGGCAAGGUCAUCCAGGACGUGCUGGAGGACAGAGCGCUCAGCGUCCACACUGACCCAGUCCACCUCUACAAGAGCUGGAUCAACCAGAGCGAGGCCCGGACGGGGCAGCGCAGCUGUCUCCCCUAUGACGUCACCCCUGAGCAGGCCUUGAGCCACCCCGAAGUGCAGCGGCGCCUGGACAUCUCCCUGCGCAGCCUCCUCGCCAUGACUGAGAAGUUCCUCACGGCCAUCACUUCGUCUGUGGAGCAGAUUCCGUACGGGAUGCGAUACGUGGCCAAAGUCCUGAAGACAACCUUGGUGGAGAAGUUCCCCGAUGCCUCGGACAGCGAGGUCCACAAGGUGGUGGGGAACCUCCUGUACUACCGCUUCCUGAACCCGGCUGUGGUGGCUCCAGACGCCUUCGACAUCGUGGCCCUGGCAGCAGGUGGCACCCUGGCUGCCCCCCAGCGCCACACCCUGGGGGCCGUGGCUCAGCUCCUGCAGCACGCAGUGGCCGGCAAGACCUUCUCCGGGGAGAGCCAGCACCUGCGGGUCCUGAACAGCUACCUGGAGGAGACGCAUCUCAAGUUCAGGAAGUUCAUCUGCAGAGCCUGCCAGGUCCCAGAGCCAGAGGAGCGAUUCAUGAUGGACGAGUACUCGGACACGGUGGCUCUGGCCAAGCCUGUGGUGUACAUCACCGUGGGGGAGCUGAUUGACACGCACAGGCUGCUGCUGGAGCACCAGGACUGGAUCGCCCCGCACCACCAGGACCCCCUGCACCAGCUCCUGGCGGACCUUGGGGAGCUUCCCACCGUCUCUGACCUCGUCGGGGAGAACACAGCAGCAGGAGGGCACCUGGACCUGAGCAAGCUCGAAGUGUCCCUGACGCUCGUCAGCAAGUUUGGAGGGAGAGAGGCUGGCACAGAUGACGCUGGAACCCGGAGCCUGCUCCUGAGCACCAAGCAGUUGCUGGCGGAUCUCCUGCAGUUCCUUCCCGGGGACUCCCUGGAGGAGGUCCUGUCCCUCUCGGCUCCCAGAGAGCAGGAAGCGGCCCACAGGCAGCUGAUGGGCCAGCGCCAGGCCCGUGAGGCUCAGACCCCGGAGCCACUGCGAUGUCACCGCUCCCUGGCGGCUCAAGCCCUCCUGCCCCUGGCAGAGAAGCAGCGCCGGGUCCUGCGGAACCUUCGCCAGCUCGAGAGCCUGGGCUUGGUCAGUGCCAGCGAUGGCUACCAGGCACUAGUGGACGAACUGGCCAAGGACAUCCGCCAUCAGCGCAGGCACCGGCAGCAGCGGAAGGCGGAGCUGGUAAAGCUGAGGGUCACUUUCCAGGCUCUGAGUGCCAAGACCACCUUCUGUGAGGAGCAGGGCGACUACUACAGCCAGUACAUCCAGUCCUGCCUGGGCCACCUGGCCCCCAGCUCCAGAGCUGGGAAGGGGAAGAAGCCACCGUGCCUCCACUACACUGCCGCCCAGCUCCUGGAUAAGGGCGUCCUGCUGGAGAUCGAAGAUCUGCCUGCCUCCCACUUCAGAAACGUCAUCUUUGACAUCAGCCCCGGAGACGAGGCCGGCAAGUUUGAAGUCAAUGCCAAAUUCCUGGGCGUGGACAUGGAGCGGUUUGAGCUUCACUAUCAGGACCUCCUGCAGCUCCAGUACGAGGGCGUGGCCGUCAUGAAGCUCUUCAACAAGGCCCGAGUCAACGUCAACCUCCUCAUCUUCCUCCUCAACAAGAAGUUCUUGCGGAAGUGACAGGCCGCGGUGCCAGCCUGUGCCAGGCACACAUUCUCACCCUGCCAACAGCGGGCGGGGGCCGCCUGGUCACGGACAUCGGCUCCUCCAGGAGUGGGCCUUGCCCUGUGCCUGGCGGUGAGGCUUUCCCGCCCCACAGGAGCCCGACAUCUUCCAGCCGGAGGCCGUGGGAUCUGCACGCUGCUGGGGCGCUGUGGCCUCGUGUCUGCUGCUGCCCCCUCCUGGUCGCCCAGUAUGACGGCGCUGCCCCAGUGGCCCGGUUCCCUUGGGCCCUCCUCUCCCAGACGCCCCGCCCCUCCUCCCUGGCCAUGCCCACGUGGUCCUGGGGCCCUGCUACCCUCUUCUGUGAAGCUCAGACCCUGUUCCCUUGCUCAGGGUCUGUUUUGUAUGUGGAUCGCUCGGGUAUUCCGUCUCUCACCCUGUAUUCCACGUCAUUACGCAGCCUUAACGUGGUUUUGAGUCUUUCAUCUUUUUCAGCUCCAGGAAAGUUCUCCUUUCCCUUUCUCAAACUAAUACCAUGCCGAUCUUCCCUACCUUGCAUUAAAGUCACCUCGAAUGGUGGCACAUAGCUGUAAUCGGAGCCCCUCAGGAGGCUAAGACGAUCACAAGUAUGAGGGCAGCCUGGGCAAUGGUCUUGGGUCGAAAUUAAAAUUUUAGAAAGGGCCGGGGAGGUAGCACGGUGGCACAGUGCACGCCCAGCGUGUGUGAGGCCCUGGGUUCCAUCCCUGGCACCACAAGAUAAUAAAAAGCAAAGCCCCUUGCGCGAGGGCAGGAGAACUAACUCUUGUGUUUAAGAGCCCUUCAUCUCGGCUUCCUACAGCACGGAGUGGUCUCUUCCUGUCCUUGCACCCACAGGAACCCUCAGGCUGCUCUCCCAGCAGCCUCUUUAGACCUGGCCCGCCUUGGCCACCAUCCCUGCCCACCCCAUGCUUCCCACUUUCUGUCCCUGUAGCCCUCUGAUCCCAUUUGAAUAAAGCAGAUGUUUC